CACCACCACCACCACCACCACCAACAUCCAGGACAUCAGGUUUUGCUGCUUCUAAGCAGAUCACUGUCCCCCUUAGAUUCCACCAUCCUCCUUGUCCUCCAGGCAUCUCGUGCCUUCACACUGUCACUCCGAUGGCUGGUGCAACAGCUGCUGUAACGGCUCCAGCCGAGCAGACUGUGGUGGCCAUCAAGAACAUCGUCCGAUCCCUCAAACCUGUCGUUCGCACUCCGACCUCUGCUCAGUACAAGGAUUACCGAGCUCAUAAUCGCAGCAAACAGACCCCUUCGCCAUACUUCAAGCCUCGGUUUACCUUUGCUCGAGAGGAUCGAGAAAAAACCUUUAGCCAUGACUUGUUCAGACAAGCCGGGAUUGAUGACCCCUUGAUGCCUGCCUAUCCGUACGGCAAGAACAUGACGUUCAAGGAGGCCAACUUUGGCCUUUAUGGAGGAGCCAACAUUCAGUCGGGGAGCAAGAUCUCCAAGGGCAGGAACAAGGGCAAAUCACUGCGCCAUUGGUUCCCCAACGUUCGGAUCGAAGAUGUUCGCAGCGAAGCCCUCAACAUGGAACUUCGGAUCCCUGUCACGGCACGUGUCAUGCGCACGAUUAGAAAAUGCGGUGGUCUGGAUCAAUAUGUCACAGGGCCCAAACCAGCGCGGAUAAAAGAGCUAGGUCUUUUGGGCUGGAGACUCCGGUGGUUGGUCAUGACUUCACCGAAGAUGCAAGAGAUAUAUGCCAAGCAGCGGGAAAAGUAUGGCCUCAAGGGCAAAUCUCCCAUCAUGGAGAGUUUUGAGGACGUCUGGAAUGAUAAGAAGCGUCAAUACCAGCUCAUUCAACAGCAAGAGGCGGAUUGGCAGAGGCUGAAGGAGGCCGCGGAGAGAUUCGAACGGCACACAAGCGCACAAUGGAAAGAGAGUGGAGAAAAGGGUCCUUACAGGAUUCCCAAGCUCAAGACCCUACAAGAUUCCAGUCCUCUACAGUUGGGAUACCCUACCACUUUGCCUGAGUAUGCUGAGGAAGAACUGGCUUUGCCCGACCCCCAAGCCAAUUGAGGAUUUUCUGCAUCGCCAGCCGAUGGACCACAAGACACAGACUGAAGGUGAUGGCGUUCAGAGCUACGGCCACUCAGGUCGGCCAUGUAUAUUGUAGUGACCUCUCCUUUCCGGAAAAGGCAUUGCGGUCACGGACAGGAUUUGUAUAUUAGCGACAUUGAUUCCAUGACAAUCUAUAGAUGGAGACUACUGAAGCGGAUUGUGUGGAAUGUGUUCAUUCAUUGUUCCUUUCCCUUUCAAUCCGUCAAGCAUUAGACCACUCGUGGUGUAAAUCCCUGGUAUGAAGAUGAUAGUCACGUGA